GUUCUCGCAAGUGUUGCCAUCGUGGCAGCGCUGCCCGGGUUUACGACCUUCUGGUCGGCGUUCUUGUUCUUUCCAUCCCACUUCUGCCCUUCUGGGGUCUCUGUCUCUCGAUGCUCGAUUCUCAGUUCUCGAUUCUCAGUUGCGAGUUCUCUGUUUUUGUGCCAUGCUCACCUCGCAUCCUCAGAGCCUCGCAACCUCACAACCUCGCCGGCAUCUCCUCGACAACCACCUCGGUAUAUCUGUAUCUAUGUAUCUAUAUAUCUGUAUCUGCGUCGACUGCGCUGCAACCGAAACGAACGGAACGAACCCAAGCGCGCCUUGUGUCAAAGUGAACAGCAAAUAUUAUUUUUUGGACACUUUGCCAUCAGGUCGCCGUCGCGUCGCCCGGAGCUCAAACGACGACUACUUGCUGCCACUCGUCCUGCUCCCCGUUCGUUGGGCAUUGUCCUGCGGAGCUCCUGGAGUUCCUGGACUCGCAUUCGAAGUCUGACUGUGGGUCCCGGAGCCACGGCCUUUGUCAUCGGCGGCAGCGGCGUUGCACCAAUUGUGCACCAAUCCGACAACAAAAGCCAAAUACGCUGCAGAAGGGAACCCAAAAGUAUGCGAGAAGUAUACCCAAAGUAUAUAAAGAAAAUGAAAGAAGUGGCUGUAAAUCAAAAAGAGCCGGUUCGGCAUCGUUUGUUGCCAAAAAUACCAAAUUUAAUUAUAAUAAUGACAAAGAACAAGCCAAGCAGUUUGACCCCGCGUCCGCAUCCACAUCCGCAUUCAAAUUCGCAUCCGCGCGCGUUCGGUUGGCCAAUUGUGAAUGUGGAUUACAAUUUCGCGUGUGCGAGCUGAGAAAAAAAUGGAUAUGGAUAUGAAAACCCGGGCAAAAUGUAUUCACCAGCAUUUCCGCCUUGCGGUUUGGCAGCUGAAGGGACAGUGGUUCAGCUUUUGGACCGGCUCCCUUGAGUUGGCGGGGCGUGACUUCAAUUAAAGUGAUUUGUGGCCUCCGCUUCUGACACACGAGACGUAAAUAGCGGCCCUGAAUUAUGGUGCUGCUAAAAUAUGUAUACUAGAGCAUAGUCCUCGGCCCACCGGAGGAACAGAAACCGCCUUGAAGUUUGCUAAUUGAACAGCUCCUUACUUAUUGCCUCUCUGGCCCGAAAAUCGACAACAAAAUGCCGUCGGCUGAAUCGAAAAUGUCGGCAAUUCGGAUUCCCGGCGAAGAGGCAGUGGAUUCCAUGGAGCCCCAUGAUGGCCGAGCUGGAUAUGAAGAAGAAGAGGCGAGGCAGAGGAAUGCCAUUGGAAUGUGCGACGCCAGCAGCGCUGCCUCCGAUUUUCAAUGGUUGCCUAGCGACAGCGACAGCGGCAGCCAUCAUGGAUGUGAAAGGGAGCGUGCUCUUCGCCUCUCUCGCUCGUGCCAACGGCCGUGCGGUAUCGGUAUUCCACAGCGGCCAUGCUGCUCUGCUCGCCACUCACCUGCGACGUCGGCUGUUGUGAAGUUCUUGCGACGUGAGCGACCGAAACUCGGGGCCCCGAAAAACCAGAGGCCGAAAAAACAGGAUUGUGAGUGAGCGGAGAGGGGGCGGAGGAAUUUCGAGGGAGUUUCUGCGACGGCGUCGUCGCCCAGACAAAAAAUGCAGAAGCAAAGGCCGACAGACGAAGGAAGUUGCCCAGGUUUAAUUACACAUCGACCCCUGGAGCGAGGUCUUAACCCGACGGCAGCUGCAUCAGGUAAUUCCCACCAAUCCGACUCAAACCGUUUAUGUUUCCCUAAGCAUAUUCAAUAUUUUGGUUAUUUAACACGAAGGGAAUUAGAGAACGAGACAGAAACGAUAACGAAACGGGAAGAGCGAUCCCUCCAGCAGCUUUGGCCACAUGCUCUGGAUCUGGUUGUGGUCCUGAAACUCUCUGGUAGUGUACUGGUACGUUUACAACAGGAAUGCACGAUAAAAUAAAAUACACCCCAUCAAUAUAAACGACAGUUACAGUGGCAGCAGCCACACACAUGAAUCACGUCCUGAGCGUCUUCAGACCGAGUUUCCCCCAAAAAAGGCCAACAAAGAACACAUGGACGGGUGUCUGAAAUGAAAAAGUCUGUACAAAUAAUGCUGCCAUUUUGGAUAACAAUGGAAGCUAACAAAGAAAAAACAACAACAUCGCCCAAAAGGAAAACAACGUCAAGAACCAGGAAAAACAAAAAACAAAAAAUACGCUGGAAAAGGUGGAAUCGAAAUUCGAUUUAAGCGUUCAGUGACUUUGCCCUCCACCGCCGAACAGCUUUGCGACAUUUAUCAAAGUCCCAAAAUGCCAGCGGACACAGCUACACAGCAACAAAGCCAAAAAAAUAAAAAGAAAAUACAAAAAUGUCACAUUCGAAUUGAAUUUAAAUGAGUUUGCUGCUCGACGAGGGCCAAGACCCAAAAGUGCGGUGUGGGGAAAAGACCGACCCGAUCCGAUCCGAUUCGGGGCAGAACCAGAACCAAAACCACAAUUCGAUAAAACGCCCAGAAAUUAUGCCGCCAUGCCAAAGGCAAACCCAAAGCUCCAGGGCCAUUAGUCUGCUCUGAGGUCUUUCCCUCCUCCAUUUGAUUUUUGUAUAUAUCUGUAGCUCUUGGUCGACGUCACUCAAUGGCCGCACCGUGGGCACAGUAAUUGGGAAUAGGAAGUUGGAUUACCUUGCUGCACUUUGGGUUUUUUAAGUCACUGAUAAAUUAUCGGUAAUUUGCUGGGGAUAAGUGAAUUCUUUCCAUAAGCUUUAUUGGUUGAAAUGUUUAUUUUAAAUGAUAAGAGGGCUAAUAUUCUUCUUCAUAAAUAAUAUAUUUUGCAACAGUAUUUGCUAUCAUAAAGUACAUAUA